GGAAACAUAAAAGAGAUAACCGAAUGUUCUUGAAGCUGAUUGGCUCGAAUACUAAUAUGACCUAUCGCGUGCCUUUAUUUGCGUGGUUUUACUGGUCAAAUGGAUGGACGUCUGGUCGACAGCCACUGCCACAUGUCAGCGGAUGAGUUCGCUCAGGACCUAAAUGAUGUUAUUGAGAGAGCAAAACAGGCUGGGGUUAAAGCUCUCAUAGCAGUUACAGAAGGACCCAGUGAGUUUGAAAGAGUGAUUCAGUUAUCAAAGAUCCACCCGCGUCUCGUAUUUCCAUGUUUUGGAAUUCACCCCCUUCAAGGUUCGGAGCAGGCCCUGCACAGCGUGAGGACUCAGGACUUGGAGCCGGCCCUUCCACUGUUCCAGACGUAUAGAGAUCAUAUAGUUGCUGUGGGUGAGAUUGGACUCGACUUUACUCCAUGGUUUGCGCCCACUGUUCUGGAGCGUGAUGAGCAGUUAAUGGUCUUUAAAAAGCAGCUGGAAAUAUCCAAAGAGCUGGAGCUGCCCGUGAAUGUGCAUUCCCGCUCCGCUGCCAAGGUCACCAUAGCUACGAUGAAAGAGCAAGGAAUCAGACAUGCACUAUUACAUAAUUUUGCUGGGAAGCCAUCCGUCGCUAUGGAGGGGCUUCAGGCUGGAUACUACUUCUCUUUUCCCCCUGCAGUCAGCAGGAACGAUCAGAGAACCAAACUCAUCAAACAGAUUCCUCUGGAACGCAUUUGUUUAGAGACAGACUCACCAGCCCUGGGGCCCGAAAAACACGUGAGGAAUGAGCCUAAAAAUAUCACCAUCUCUUGCGAAUACAUUGCAAAAGUAAAGGGAAUAUCUGCAGAGAUUGUUGCUGAGGUCACCACACAAAAUGCUCUGUGCUUAUUUCCCAAGUUGAAGUUGUAGUAAUUUAGUGUUAUUGAAGUACAGGGUGAUUCAAAAAGAUUAAUCUGAUUUCUAAGCACCAUGUUUUUACAACCGUGAGGCGUCUAGGAACCAAUCACAAUCCAAUUGAAAGAGGGGGUCAUAGAGUUUCUGACUGUCAG